AUGGAGUAUUAGUUACUUAAUAAAUGGUUGAAUGAUAAUAAACAAUAUGCUAAUGAUUAUACUCAUUAUUAUUCUAAUAAGAUUAUAGAAGAAUCAAUCAAGGAUAAAAUCAAGACUAUCACAAUAGUGGUUGUUACUGAUAAUUCUUCAUCUUAUAUUUUUGCUCUUACAUUUGCCAUUUCUGAUAAUCAUUCAAAUAAGUUGACAGAUACUAAAGUUAUAGCGGCUCUGAAUAGAUACGGAUCAUGGAAAGCAUUAAACACUUUGGCUGCUAAUAAAUAAUCAGUUGUUUUGGCAUUUGUGCAUAAUUCUAAAGUUGUAGUUGGUGUUUAUCACAUUUCAGAUAAUGCUGUUUAAGCAAUUAAAGGUUCCUUUUCAUUUACUAUUGCUGGAACAUCAAAAUUGGAACCAAUUGAUUUCCCACUUUAUUUACAAGUAAUUAUUUAUUAUUAUACUUUAGGAUUCAACUUUGAUAUCAAGUAAAGCCAAUAAGGGAUUAAAUCAAUAUGAGAUCAGAUAGGAUAUAAGUUUGAACUUUGGAGAAAGUGCCAAACUUGAAAACCAAACUUUAACAAUAACCUUUUCUAAUGAUUACAGAACUGUCUCUAAAUAAAUUAAAUUAAAUAUCAAACCAGACGAUGAUGGUGAUGAUGACGGAGGUUCAAGUUCUAAAGCUUGGUGGAUCACACUCAUUGUAGCUGGAUCUUUGCUUAUACUAGGUUUGAUAGGAUUUUUAUUCUACAAAAAGAGAAAUUAUCAAGAUGAAGAUUAAGAUGAUCAAGAAUCUGGUUUAAUGCAUGUAAAUUGA